UGCAGAGGAUAACCGAGGGCAGAACGAGGAAAGGCGUCUGCUCCGCAGAGCCAAAUCCGCUGCCAAUCUUUUCUCAAACCUUCAAUUCCACUCUAUAUUUAACACUAUACAACUUCAAAUUCCCUUCCGUAAUCGCCAAUACACUUCCCUUUUGCUUCACCUUUUCAAUUACCAAUGCUAAUUCCCAGAUUUCGAACUUCCCUAAUUCUUAAAAAUUCGUUCAUUAGGUCAACUUUGGCCGCUACUCAUGUCGCCUCUUUCCACUCCACGCCUGCCUCUUGCGAUAAGUGGAAGAGUAAAUGGAAAUUCGAUGAUGGUGUGAGUGGAAAGGAGCCGUCAAAGAAUUAUGUAAGAUAUGUGACUCGCCAAAGGCGUGCUGAUGCAAAAAAGGCUCUAAAGGACCUCCUCUACAACAGUGGAUCUACCUUUCAGAACAAGGAAUCAAAAUGGAGUCUUGGUGAUCGCUGGUCUUCUGAUGAGUCAUUCGAUCAACCGGGCAGCUGUGAUAAGAAAGGGCGAGCAAAGUCAUCUACGCGAAAUUUUGGGAAAUCCCAGCACAAGAGAUCAAAACGUAAGUUUAGAAGAGAGAGUUUCGUUAAUGACUUCGACAAUGAUUCGGAGACAAUCUUUCACGCCACAUUUGGCAAUAGAUCAUAUACAUGGUCCUUUGGCACACGUAAGGAUUCCUUUCAAAAUUCAGCAUCUGGUUUUGAGUGGACAGAGUCUCCUCCUAACUGGAAGAACCAAAGAGGUACUGAAUGGGAGAAUUCAAGUGAUUGUGAGUCUGAUGAGGAGACCGCUGAUGUAGGAUCAUGUUCAGAUAGAACUAUUCUGGGGUUACCAAAGACAGGUCCUUUAAAGAUUGAAGAAGUUAAAGCAGCGUUCCGCUCGUCUGCUUUAAAAUGGCAUCCUGAUAAGCAUCAGAGAUCUUCCAAGGCAAUGGCUGAAGAGAAAUUCAAACUCUGUGUUAAUGCAUACAAAUCCUUGUGCUGCGCACUCUCUCCAGGUUAAGCUGCUGCAGGUGUGUUCUAACUUGUAACAAUUCGAAAUGAUUUAAGGUUUUUGAAAUAUAAUUUAUGUAGAGAGGGUUAUAUAUAGUCUCUAUAAUUUGAUUCAAAAUCCGCUCCCUCUUAGUUUGAUGGAAAGAGGAGUGGAAGGAAUAAUGGAUGUAUUUUUGUAGUAAGAAGGUAAUUCCGUCCUUCUACCUUUAUCACCUAUAGAGCACUGAUCCAUUGCA